UUAUAUUCAUGAUGAAAGAGGCGACUUGAGUGACAUUUGGAUUAAUAUGGAAGAGUAGCUGGAAGAAAAAAGAAAACCCCAUUUCCAGUUUCAAUGGGAAUCUGCAUAUCCUGCUCAGAUUCAGGUCAAAAGAUUCAAGAUGGCAAUGAAAAUGCAAUGUUCUUUGGAAAGAACAGUGGUUCUUUUAGGACUCAGAGCCUUGGUUCGCUUUAUUCUAAGGAAGGAAGCAAAGGACUAAACCAAGACAGUGCCAUUCUUUACCAGGGCUAUGGAGUUGGAGAUUCAUCUUUCUGUGGAGUUUUUGAUGGGCAUGGAAAGAAUGGUCACAUAGUGAGUGAGAUGGUGAAGAAUCACCUACCAGCACUACUACAGAGCCAAAUGGAAGCUCUUGAACAAGUCACUUUAGUAAUACAAUCAGAUGGUGAACAAAAUCACAACGACGAAACGGAUACUGAAUCAGAACCAAGCAAGAACUUUGAUAAGUGGGAAGAGGCACUGGUUAAUGCCUUCAAAGUAAUGGACAAGGAGAUUAAGCUCCAAGAAAAUUUGGACUGUUCUUGUAGUGGAAGCACUGCUGUUGUUGUCAUAAGACAGGGCGAGGACCUUUUUAUAGCUAACUUGGGUGACUCGAGAGCCAUCCUGGGAACAAUGACUGAGAAUGGAAUUGAAGGCAUUCAAUUAACCACUGAUCUAAAGCCUGGUUUACCAAAUGAAGCAGAACGAAUAAGAGCAUGCAACGGUCGAGUGAUUGCACUAGAACACGAAAAACACAUCCAGAGAGUGUGGUUGCCCCAUGAAUUCCUUCCAGGCCUAGCCAUGUCCCGAGCUUUUGGGGACUUUGUACUCAAAGAUUAUGGCAUCAUUGCCGCCCCUGAUGUCUCCCAUCAUUGCCUGACCUCCGAAGAUCAGUUCAUUGUUCUUGCAACUGAUGGGGUAUGGGAUGUGCUUAGUAACAAUGAAGUUGCGUCUAUUGUGUGGGAAGCCGAGAGUGCAGAGGCAGCUGCUAGGACUGUGACUGAGACGGCUAGAGCCACAUGGAGCACAAAGUACCCAACUUCUAAGAUAGACGACUGCACUGUGGUUUGCCUGUUUUUCAGUUCAUUCUAAUGCCUGUAAAGAUUUUGAAGCAGUUGGCCUUUCUCUUUUCGUGUUGGGCAAUGCCAUUUGAUCUGUUUGAUCUAUAUACUGUAAUUCACACACA